AUGUUUAGUGAAGACCAGGACCAGCCGGAAACUGUGGGCAGUUGGACGGCCUUCGGGGCGGCCACACCGGCUACCAGGAGGUGGCUGGAAAAGCUGCAGACGCUCUCCGGCGCGGGACACCUUCGGAAGAGCUACUGUGGAGCGCUGGAUUUCGAGGUCGGCCAAACACGACCGUAG